AUGAUUGUCAGGAAGUUGAGUUUCCGUUUGAGGCGGCUUUCCCUCCUGUGGAGGAGUUUAGGGAUCGUGUUCACUCAACAUUUCAGCCAGUUCUGCGGGGGAAACCCCAUGCACCUCAGGAGGACGAGCCUGGUGCUGAGCUGGCUUCUGAUCUGGACCUCUCUGCAGCCACUCUCCCAUAACUACGUGUCAGCAGUCAACCUGCGGCGUUUCAUUGGUUGUGCCGUCCGAGAGUUUACCUUCCUGGCUAAGAAGCCUGGUUGUGGAGGCCUGCACAUCACUACUGAUGCCUGCUGGGGGCGCUGUGAGACAUGGGAGAAGCCCAUCCUGGAGCCGCCUUUCAUCGAGUCCUACCAGCGGGUCUGCACCUACAACGCCUCGCGUUUAGUCCACGUAAGACUCCCCAACUGUAAGCCCAACGUGGACCCCAUCUACACCUACCCUGUGGCCCUGAGCUGUUCCUGUGGGGUCUGUCUGACGAGCACCACUGAAUGCAUCACGUCUGUGUGAACAUGUACCAGAUUUGUGUUUUUGUUUUCUUGCUCAUUAGAUUUAGUUUUUCAGUCCUGUCACAUUGUCCGCAAUUAAAAUGCUAACGGCUUCUUUACUUCAUUUUUCAAAAGUAAAACUAAAUCCUUUAGUUGUGUUACUACCAAUCAGUUUUAGUUCAUUUCUAAUAUGAGAGGUGCGUUUAAAAUGCUGCUUUUUAUCUCAGAGAUUAUAAGUUCUGUAAUAAACCGGUUUGGUCUGCUUCUCGUGAUGUUACGUUUGCAAGAAACAUGAUUCACCUCCAUUUAACCCUCCCACUGCCUUUAUGGGUGACCCC